AUGACUGCUCUCCGGAGCCCGAAGAGGACGACCACUGCAUCGAGAAGGGGGAUGGAGAAAAUCAUCCACGACUUCUACUCUGAUCCUUUCGAUAGCCAUGUCCACUUGCCCCCUCACCAUCUGAGGGAAGACCGACAUGUCAUCCCAGAGGUUCUCCCGUGCGAAACACGACAUGCUAUCAUGUCGGUGAGAAAUCGUACGGCACCCGGUCCAGACGGAAUAAGACCAGAACAACUGAAGAAGCUUCUGCCAGUACUCAUCAACACCUUGGCGAGGCUCUUUACACGUUACCUGUCGGAAUGCAAGGUUCCUAAACAGUGGAAGACCAGCAAGACCGUGUUGUUGUAUAAAAAGGGAGAUCCACAUGACAUCGGCAACUAUCGUCCAAUCUGCCUACUGUCCGUCAUCUACAAGCUCUUUACAAGAGUGAUCCUUAAUAGGAUUGAAAAAGUAUCACGAGAGUACAAGAUGCCGCUCUGUCUCACCUUCAUCGACUUGAAGAAGGCCUUCGACUCAGUAGAGACGGAAGCGGUCGUGGAAGCCUUGGACAACCAAGGCGUCCCUACUCACUACAUAAAGGUACUUCGAGAGUUGUACAGUAACUUCACGACCGGAAUUUCGCCAUUCUACAAGAACAUCACCAUUGACGUGAAGAGGGUGUUCCGACAGGGUGAUACAAUUUCACCCAAAAUAUUCACAGCCACCCUCGAGAACGCAAUGCGAAAGUUGGAGUGGGACGACAUGGGAGUGAAGGUUGAUGGUCGGCAGCUACACCAUUUGCGCUUUGCUGAUGACAUCGUACUGAUAACACCUAGCAUCAGCCACGCGGAACGAAUGCUGACCGAAUUCGACGAAACAUGUAAAAUUCGAUGGAUGCAUCGGUCUCCAGCUGAAUCUGCAAAAGACGAUGUUCAUGCGGAACGGGUGGGUCUCGGAUGCCUUAUUCACUCUCAACGGAACGAACAUAUCCGAAUGCACCAGCUACGUUUAUCUGGGAGGAGACGAGCCGCUUGGGGAGCGUACAAGAGCAUCGAGGAUGUAGCGAAGAAGACCAGGAACACCCGGCUCCGUGCUCACCUCUUCAACACCACCGUACUUCCCGCUCUGACCUAUGCUUCGGAAACCUGGGCAUUUCGCAAGCAGAAAGAAAACGCAGUGAGCGUCAUUGAACGCGCAAUUGAGAGAGUGAUGCUAGGAGUAUCCCGUUUCACGCAAGUGAGGGACGGGAUUCGAAGUUCUCUCCUACGUCAGCGAUCGAAGAUUAGAGACGCCGCCGCGUUUGCCAAGGAAAGUAAAAUAAGGUGGGCCGGACACGUGAUGCGCUUUAAUGACAACCGAAGACCGCCGACCCGAUGGUCAGAUUUCUUCACGAAGCCCUUCAAAGAAAAAUAUGAUGCUCUUCGUGUCCCACGCGAAAGGAGGAACCACUGGGCUACUCUGGCACGCGAUCGGGACAAAUGGAAGAAUUACUGA